AUGUCCAAUCAGCCGAGCCAGACGUCAACAACGAACAACCCUUCUCGCCGCCAAGCACUCAACGCUUGCGAAGCUUGUCGGAAAAGAAAGACGAAAUGUGACGAGAAGAAACCGACUUGUGCACGAUGCACGCGCUUGGGUCUUGAGUGCAUGUACAUCGAGACUGUUGCUGCAAAGAAGAAUUUGUCGAUAGAAGAGCUGACGGGUACUCUGAAGCGAAUGGACGAGAAGCUCGAUGUCCUCACAGCUUUCGCUCAACAUCAAGGGCCUACGACCGGCCUGGCAUCAACCCCGGGAGACAGUCAAUUCGCUGCUUUCAGUCCCUUGAAUCUCGGUAGUACAGGCGUCGCUCAAAAUGCUUCAACACCAUUUCUCGAUACCGGCCGCGUGCUUGAAGAACUCUCCCUAUCCCAGCGCCACUCCACCGCGCCCCAGCAUCUCCUCACCUGGCCUUGUUCGACUCUUUCGAUGAGCGAACCAGAUCUCCAGUACCCGAUGGAGUUGGAAAUAAACCGACCUAGCUUAUCUCGCUCGACAGCACCACCCCGUUGCCUUGACGCUUCGCCUUCAGAGUCUUGGCUAUCACGGCUGUCUUUGUCUCAAGUUAGCUUACUAACGCAGUCGUAUUUCCAGCACUUCCAUCCUUCAUGCCUCAUCCUGAAUGAGUCCUUGUUCUACUCACAGAUUCUAAGCAACGCCGUUCAGACCAACUUUGCGCCGAAUUACAGCUCGUGCACGGUUCUGCUUGUCUGCAGUUUAGGGUCCAUAGUUGCUCAUUACUCCGGACAUGAAGAGUGGUCUUCAGGUAAUGAUCAAGAUAUUGGCCUCGGUUUUUUCAAUUUGGCAAACAAUAUGUUCCGCGAACUGGAGAGGUGUGACUGGGAGAGCGUCCAGUGCCUGCUUCUGAUGGGUCUAUUCUACUCUGCCAAACUCAGGGUAUAUGAUGCCUGGCAAGCCAACCAUAGAGCUUGCUGCACUGUCUCAAUACUCGUACCACUACAACGCACAUUAGAGGCCCAGCAUUGCCAGCUAUUCUGGAUUGCAUAUCUACAAGAGAGUCAAAUUCUCGCAGAGUUCGACUUCCCAGCCAGCGGGCUUGGGAAGCUCGCGAGCAGCAUGCCUCUACCCGUCGUCCCUGGAGCAGGCGCCGACCCAAGCCACGCUCAGUACCAGUUCUUCUUCUUAGCUCUCAUUUCCAUGAGAAAACUGCUAAACCGCAUUUUGUUCCACCUUUAUAGCCGAGACCAUACUGAAAACGCCACGAGCGGAGAACCGGCAAAUAUCGAUAAACCCGCCGCGUUUUUAAUGGUAUCGCCAUCCGUGAUGCUCGAGCUAGACCGUCAACUUGAAGAGUGGAGAAGCUGUCUGCCCCAAGGACUCGAGUUUCCAGCCUACUCAGAGGCUCAACUUGCAGAAGUCCCUGCAUUUGAUCAGACUCAUCGCUCGACAGAUGAAAGACUGCGUGGUCAUCUGAUGGCUCGUUACUUCGCAGCAAAGUCCAUUAUUCACCGCCCAUACAUCUACAAAACACUUCAUCUUGGCGCUACGAGCUCUCUUAGUGAUGCCGACGCCGCAGGUGCACGUACAGCAGUUGGCAGCGCGUUGAUGUCUGUGGUAGCAAGCGGAAUCUUGCACGAACCGUUGGUAUUGCUCCUUCAUCCCAUUAAUUCUUGUCGGAGGUAUGUUGCCAUCCCUGCACCGCGCUCUUCCACUGAUCUGUCUUUAGUUUGUUUGCUUGUGAGCUUCAACUCGCCUUUGUACACCGCAGCGAAUCUUGCCAAUUUCUAUUGCCCCGGAAUUGGAAAAUCGCAGGAGAGGCUAGGAAAGCUGUUUCGGGGUUGGUAG